CCAUCAUGUACGUUCACUUCACUUCCGCAGGAUGGGACCCUACCAUCCUUACCAUUCACCACUGAUAUCCAGUUUGAAUAGACAUUGCGAAGAUGGCUCCGGACAGAGGAUCAACAGAUAUAAGUAGUCCCGACUACCAGUCCAUUUCAGCCCCCCCACCUUCGACCUCGAACACCCCCGACGACAACUCCUCUGUCAAUGACGGUGACGACACUCUCGAACAAGCGCAGCGUCGCCAUAGCGAUGCUCGUAGAUUCAUAGCCAACCGUGCCAGCGAUGGGCAGAACUUCACGCUUCGGGGCAUACUUGUUGGUCUUGGAGUCGGACUCGUAAUCUGCUUCUCCAACAUGUACUUUGGGCUGCAGACCGGAUGGAUAUCUAGCAUGAGCAUGCCCGCCUCACUGAUCGGCUUCGCGUUUUUCAAGACCUUUGCGAAACACCUGGAUUUGCCCUUUACGCCUGUGGAGAAUGUGUUGGUGCAGUCUGUGGCUGGGUCGAUGGGGACAAUGCCGCUUGGCUGUGGAUUCGUGGGCGUCAUGCCCGCCCUGAACUAUCUUUUGAAGAAGGAUGAGCAGGGCCCAAUAUUCUUGUCGCUGUGGAAAUUGAUAUUGUGGGCUCUCGGGUUGGCGUUCUUUGGGGUUGUUUUCGCCGUGCCGCUUCGCAGACAGGUCAUCAUACGGGAGAAGCUGACGUUCCCUUCGGGUACGGCAACUGCGUUAAUGAUUGGAGUAUUGCAUGGAAAAGAGGCUACCUUGUCUGGGCCGGUCAGCCAGGCAGUCGCUAGGAAUCCUUCAUUGCGAGCGGUAUCUCCAGCAACAUACUCGGAUGAUAGAUCUGCAGAUGUGGAGGAGGUGAACAAGGGGCAGACUAGCAGUUGGAAGGCCAAGGUCAAACUGCUGACCAUCUCGUUUGCAAUUUCUGGGUUAUAUACUCUUGGGACUUAUUUUUACCCAGCUUUGCGCAACUUGCCUGUCUUCGGAUUCGCGCUAGCUGAGAACUGGCUGUGGACUCUCAACCCAUCUCUGGCGUAUGUCGGACAGGGAAUUAUUAUGGGACCAGCUACGACUACACACAUGCUUAUUGGAGCUAUUGUGGGCUGGGGUAUUCUUUCCCCGCUGGCAAAGCAACGGGGCUGGGCACCUGGCCCCGUGGAUGAUUGGGAAACAGGAAGUAAAGGUUGGAUAGUUUGGGUGUCAUUGGCAAUUAUGCUAGCGGACUCGGUCGUCAGCUUGGGGCAUAUUGCCCUACGACCUGUGUUCAUGCAUGGUGGAGACUGGUUGGCCGAUGUACACCGACUUGUCCGAAAGGGAGACUGGAAAGGUCUCCUUGGGAUCGGAUCCAGCAAACGCACCAGAGGAUAUGCUCCUAUCAGUGGUGAAGGCGAGGGUGUCGCAACUCUUCUCGAUGAGAAUGGAUCAGGCAUGGCUGUUCUUGAAACUCCUGGUGAUAUCAAGGAUGCUCCAGAGCCGGACGCGCCUCCUGAGCAUCUCGUAAACAACAGCACUUUCGUGGUUGGGCUUGUGCUCUCCGUCGCAUUCUGUGUUGCGAACAUUCGCAUUGUAUUCGGCGCUCUGGUCCCAUUAUACGCGACUAUCAUGGCUGUUUUCAUGGCACUGGUCCUCUCUAUCAUGGGAGUUCGAGCGCUGGGGGAGACUGAUCUCAAUCCAGUCUCUGGCAUCAGCAAGUUGGCGCAACUCUUCUUCGCCCUCAUCAUACCGCAGUCGAAUAAAAACUCUGUUCUUAUCAACCUCAUUGCUGGCGCAGUAUCGGAAGCUGGCGCAUUACAAGCAGGUGACCUCAUGCAAGAUCUGAAGACUGGCCACCUCCUAGGUGCUGCACCAAACGCUCAAUUUUGGGGUCAGAUCGUUGGCAGUGCAGCUGGAGCUAUUGUCAGUGCUCUCAUAUAUAAAUUAUACACGAGCGUAUACCAAGUACCUGGGCCUUUGUUCCAGGUCCCGACAGGGUAUGUCUGGAUCUUCACUGCGCGAUUAGUUACUGGACAGGGACUGCCUUUCAUGGCAUGGCAAUGGGCCCUAGGUGCAGCGAUCAUCUUCGUCGCAGUGACAGCAGUGAGGAUCGUAGGCACAGGCAAGGAAUGGCAUCCCUACAUCCCCGGAGGCAUUGCCGUCGCUGUUGGCAUGUAUAACGUCCCAUCAUUUACACUCGCCAGGGCAGUGGGGGGCUUUGUGAACUGGUAUUGGAAAUCAUACAGACGGCGAGAAGAGACGCCCAUCGUGGUGCUUGCCAGUGGCUUGAUCCUAGGGGAGGGAGUUGUCAGUAUUGUGAAUUUACUGCUUGCCAGUGCGGGAGUUCCACAUCUUUAAAAAUCUACA